AUGUCACAGAGCGAACUGCUAACUGAGUUGGCUAAAGUGCGGUGGAAUGGUAACCUGAAGGAAUACACGGACCGGUUUGCGACUGUAGCGGAGCGGGGCAUGAGUCCUACCCCUGCCGAACUCGCGGACUACUACUGCACAGGGCUACCGACUGACCUCCAUCUCUCAAUAAGUAAUGACGGACAAGUGAAAUACCUGACGUGGGAACAAGCGGCGAUAGCCGCAACUCGGCUCUACGAGCCCAAGCAGAGUGUGCUGGAACUCCGCGAAAGGAACAGUCGAGCCAUUAGGGCUGCCUUGCAAGCUAAUGGACCCCGCGGGCUCCAGGAAAUAGAAAAUCGCUCUGGGGGAACCCGAGGAAACUGUUUUGAGUGCCCCAAUGCCAUUCCAGUCUCCCUUGAGAGGAGAAACCAACUCCUCAGCACUGCGGAAGGAACUAACACGAGCGAGGAGCACGAGGAAGAGACUCGGCCGCUCUCGGAAAUGCGGUGGAAGUCUGGGCCAACGUCGAUCCUGAGUGCGGAGACUCCGGACGCGACGACGGAUAGCCGCAGGAAGUCUGCGGAGGCAACAAAGGAAGGCCAUGGGUCCGACGUGACAGAGAUUCUGCCACACUGGUGGAGGGAGACUUACAUGAAAGAGUCUUACGAACAAGGGGGAGCGUUGUGUUGUGUGGGUGCGACGGCGGUACUUCGCGUUGAGCUCGCAGGGAGUCCUUCCGAGGAGGUAGCUCUAUUCCUACGCCCGCCUCCAAGGAGGUGCAAGUCCCACGCGAAGACUAAGGCGAAGGUGCGGAUAACGUCGCUCUCUCUUCAGGCGGCGGCAGACUUCAGAGCGGAGGCAACAAAGGAAGGCCAUGGGUCAGACGUGACAGAGAUUCUGCCACACUGGUGGAGGCAGACUUACAUGAAAGAGUCUUACGACCAAGGGGGAGCGUUGUGUUGUGCGGGUGCGACGGCGGUACUUCGCGUUGAGCUCGCAGGGAGUCCAUGUGAGGCCCUCUUGGACACUGGAGCUUCACGAAGUUUCAUUAGUCCUAAAAUAGUCGAACGACAGCAGCAGAAAGUGCGGAGACUUCCAAAAGAACAUAGGUUCACCGUAGCUACAGGUGCACAACUACGCAUUGCUCGGGUUGUGACGGGAUUGACGCUGUGGUGCGGACAUGCACGUUUUUCCGGGGACUCUUUAGUGGGACCCGUUCCCUAUGACGUAGUCUUGGGUUUGGAUUGGCUGACGGAACACAAGGUGGCCUGGUAUUUUCAGUCUGACAAAUUCCGAACCUAUGUGAAUGGCCAGUGGUGCGAGUUACCGGUCGUUCGGACUGGUGAAGCAACGCUGCAACAUGAUAGUGCACCGUAG